AGGGAGCUGCGGGCUCUGGUCAUCGAGAUGGUCCUGGCCACCGACAUGUCGUGCCACUUCCAGCAGGUCAAGUCCAUGAAGACGGCGCUGCAGCAGCUGGAGAGGCUGGACAAGUCCAAGGUGCUGUCGCUGCUGCUGCACGCGGCCGACAUCAGCCACCCCACCAAGCAGUGGGCGGUGCACAGCCGCUGGACCAAGGCGCUGAUGGAGGAGUUCUUCCGGCAGGGGGACAAGGAGGCCGAGCUGGGGCUGCCCUUCUCGCCCCUGUGCGACCGCACCUCCACGCUGGUGGCCCAGUCGCAGAUCGGGUUCAUCGAUUUCAUCGUGGAGCCCACGUUCUCGGUGCUCACCGACGUGGCCGAGAAGUUGGUGACGCCGCUGGCCGAGGACGGCUCCAAGGCCAAGGGCAACCCCGCGGCCACCCAGCAACCCAGCUCGCAGUGGCGACAGCCGUCCCUGGAUGAGCACCUGGACACGGGGGACAUCAAAGCCGACCUGGCCGGGUUCCGCUCCACCUGGACCAAGCACAUCCAGGAGAACAAGCAGAAGUGGAAGGAGAGGGCGGCCAGCGGCAUCACCAACCAGGCGUCCAUCGAUGAACUGUCGCCGUGCGAGGAGCCCGCGGGCCCCGGGGCCCACAGGGAGAACGGGGACGUGGAAUAGCAGCGGGAGGAGCGAGGUCCUUGUCCGGCCGUGUGACACCGUCUCGUCUAAUGUCGUCGAUGUCAUCGAGUUCAGCA